CCCGCAUAUUGAAACACACUUCACAGCAAACAAGCCAACAAAUCUAUUUCAUUAAAACAUUUUGCUUCUGUAAUUCGCAGCCAUGUCUGACAAUCGCCCCGAGAUGAACGCAAACGAAACGGAAGAGGGACACGCAGAGAUCGCAGAGGAUGUGAUGCCCCUGCGGAACAUCGGUGCUGGUGAUGGCAUUUACCAGGGGGAAGAUCUAUACCCAGGGGAGCCUCAACUGCGACGUAAUCGUCUGGUUGGCGGUCGCGUUGUCUUCUACCAAAAUCGUGAUGCAAUCUGCAUUCAUGUGGCAUGUAUCUGCGCGGGAAUUGGGUGGACUACGCUGAUGCAUCCGUUGCACCAUGCCGGUGUCUUGAUGCAACUGGGCUUUGAACCAUUUCCCGGUGAGAUUGUCCAAAUGGGCUUACUUGGACCGCGCCAUCUGCUGCCAGGGGCGCAACAUUUGAUUGGAUACAUCCAUCAGAGCGAUGGAUUCUUCGCCCUGUACCGUGGACUAACUGCAAAAAUCGCCAUAAAUAUUACCACCUAUGUGAUGGAUACAACUAUGUCAAUGCUGGGGCUGGAGACUCGCAAUUUUGGACCUACGACAGGAAGUUCUGUGCGGGAUAUGUCCCGGUGCAUGCUGGUCCGAGGCUGCCGCUUGACCUUGAAGCUGAUCCUCACGCAGCCCCUAACAGUCGUCUUUACACGCCAGAUAGCCCAGUUUAUUGGCUGCGAGUCUGUCUACCAAACUCUGGGCCAAACCAUCAUCAAGAUAUUCAGGGAGGAAGGCAUAGCUGCUUUCUAUGCCGGCUUUGUGCCCCGCCUGAUAGGCAAAAUGGGCUUCAUGGCCAUCACCACUAUCGCAUCGACUCUGUUUUAUCAAUAUGGUCCGAACUACUACCCCAUACAGGCACUCCACGAGCUGGUAGUUGGUAUUUCCUCCUCGUACGUGCUGCAUCCUCUGACCGUGGUGGGCACCUGCAUGGAUGUCCAAGGAUCGCCCUUGGCUGCUGCCAUGCCCUCCCAAAUGGCGCACUAUGAGCACUGGACCAAGUGCUUCGCUGACAUCUAUGAGAACAGUGGAUUCUACCAUCGUGGUGGCAUUCUCUUCUGCCGCACAAUGCCCGUGAAGAAGCUUGAUGCCUAGAUGGGUUGCCAGAACUAAUUCUUUCAUUUUUCCGUUUAUUGU